AUGCUGUCCAUCAAUUGGCCGUCAUUACGGUCCCUGCGACUGUUUUCCUGGGAGAAGCAACCGCUCAAGGUCUCGCCAGUGAAGAUUCAUGAUAUCGACUCGGCUCAAGAGAAUCCUGGCCGGGCGUUGAAACAUUUGCUCAGGUUGAACCAUGCAAACUACGCGAUCCUGUACAACGAUCGGAAAUUCCAUAACCAUGCUCCUCAUAUCCUCUGUGCGGCUUUCCUCCAGGGCGCAGACGCAGAUGACCUCACGCGCAUGUACGAAACAGAGUCCAAGCUACUGGAUGCGUGGGAGGACUCGCCAGCCGAGGUGACAGCGGAGGAUUGGAGAGAGCACCUAGGACAUCGAGAGUAUCAAAAAGCGUUUGUUGAUUUCUUCGAAGACGAACUAGUCCGGUACAAUUACGAGUGGAAGGAAGUGGUAGCGGAGUACCUGUUCUCGGGAGAAAACCCCAUUUUCCACUCCAUCAUGGCUGAUCUCGGUCACCCUCUCAUCCAUCUCGCAUACGCCUUUGAGAUGUCCAGCCGAGAGAAGCAUAAAUACCUCGCGGACCCAGCAUACACAGAGCUAGAGCCGUCAUAUCGCUCGAAGUCUGUUUUCGAGAUCUUCGAAAAAGUGCGAACCGACAAGAAGUUUGACGGGCUCUUUGCAACAGCCGGAGACGAUAAUUUCUCCAGGGUCUUCCAAACCCACGAAGCCGCUUUACUCGACCACUGGAACGCAUGGACAAUUGAGAACCCCAUAGAGCAGUUCCGAGAAAGUCAGGAACUUGCCGCUACACUCUUUGCUGCCGCGCCAAAAGACUCUAUUGAGAAGUAUGACUUCUUUCUUGUCCAUGUCCUGACCACCAGUCACGCGGUGCGGGUCCUUCUCCCAUUCGUUCCUGCCCAUUUACAAAUCCCAUUGGUUCGGCAAUGGUGGCUGGUCACAUUAGCUAUUUUCAUUGCGCAGCUUCGACCGGAGCUGUCACUCAACAGAGUCCGUGAGACUGACCUUCGGGGCAGAGAUUGGGAUUGGGUGUCGAAGCAAGCUGUCAAGGGGGAGUACUCGACCGACGCGCAUUACGUCAAGGCCUUACGGUGCUUAAAUGAGUUAUCGUCGACCUGGGGCGACCAUGAUCAGUUUUAUCUGAAAGCGGCGUCUGUAAUUCAGAUCAAGACGCGUCCAGCUUCAGCUGAACAACUGGCCGCGUUUGCGUCUAGAAUGCUCUCCCCUCCCGAUACCCCCCUGUACCUGCACGCCGAACUCCUCCCCAACAUCCGUCAAAUCACCCUCUAUGUCUCUCUCCCCUCACACCCAGCUCUCAAUGGACUGCACCCUACCAUCCAGCUCUCAGACUCCCGAAAAGCAGUGACCGUAUCUCUCCCCCACCCUUUCCAAGAUGUCACGGAGACCACCAAGCUCCCCGCGCGCGUCAGCGAAGCUGCUCUCCUCGCGCCCAGCGACGAACUAACAGAUGACUAUGUCCCAUGGACAGCGGGGGACAUGUCACCGGAUACGCGAAUCCGAUGUCGGUCAUGCAGCGCGGAGCUCCUAAACACCACGCCCCCGCAGCGAACCUCGCAGGACGAGACGAGCGGAGGUGGCUGGGACUGGAAAGACCUGCCCAGCGGGAACUGGGCUGAGAUGAUGGACUUCUGGCACUGCCACAAACCCGAUCCGCAUGAAGAGGAUGCGGAGCCGGAAGCCAAUGCCGCGCUUAGGGUUGAGGAGCAGAAUGCUCAGAUUAAAGGGUAUGGUGCUUCGAGUCGUGUUGUCGCGACCACGGGGACUGUGCUCGUUGACACCGCGACGUUUCUGCUGGCGGAGCGUGAUUGCGGGGGACUGAAAAAGACCAGCGAGGAAAAGCCUUCAAAUCUUCAUGACCCUGAACAGAGAAGCCUUGCCUGUACAAGCUGCAACGCGGUACUUGGCACAGAAGACCCCUCUGUCAAUGGCUGGCGGCUCUUAAAAGCGCACGUCUCCAUCAGCACGAACCAGUCAAUACAAAGCUACUCAGCGGAAGUCAUCAUCGCCGCCCAGCUCCUCGAGUUAAUCGAGCGGGAAAGUGCCCGGCGGUUCGUCGUGCACAGUGGACAGAAGUCUGGACUUUUGCUCUGGGUCUUCAAUCCCGAUCUUCGAUACUCGAAUGUCAGUGCAGGCCAUGCUGUGAACAACCAGCAGGCUAUGAAAGUAUUAUACCAGGCACUGGAUGACGUGGAUACUGUGCUUAACCGCGACAUGGGCAGGCCGUCGCCCUUGUCUGUGGAGGAGUUGGAAUUGCCGAUCUCGAUAUUUGAGAGCCUUUCUAAUGCCUUGCAUGCUAGUAACUGUAUACUCCCAUUCUCCGCGAGGAGGUUCAAUGAAUGGCAAGUCGGUCUUUUGAGUCGGUUCAGUCGUUCAACCUAA